CGGGCCAAAGUGAGCGCAAAGUGCUGCCCAAGUUGCCGGGAUGGAGCUGCAGAGCCGGCCCGAGGCGCUCGCCGUGGAACUCGCGCGCCGCCAGAACGGCGACCUCAAGAAGCAGCUCCACGAAAGGCAGCCGCGGAUCGCCGCGCUCGGCGACAAGCAAGCUUUGGGAGCCAUCACUGCAGUGCCUGUCACGGGUCCUCAGGUCAGCUCCUUGCAGAGGUUGGCCGGGCAAGGAGCAGCAGUGCUACCUCAGGUUAGGCCAAAGACUCUGAUUCCAGACAGCCUCCCCGUCACCCCGGGCAGGGACCGGCCACCCAAGCAGCCCCCGACGUUCCAGAAGGCGACUGUGGUGAGCAUCAAGAACCCCAGCCCAGCCCUCCCCACUGCCAACAACACCGUCAGCCAUGUGCCAAUGCCCGGCAGCCAGCCCCAGGCCCUCGCCGAGCCCACCGCCAUCACCUCACCCCUGAGCGGCGCCGGCGUGGCCUACGCCAUCAUCUCCACCUCCCCCAGCAAUGCCGCCGCCAUCACCCCCAGCACCGCCGUGCCCGUGGCCAGCGACAGCAUCAAAGUCCAGCCCCUCCUCAUCAGUGCCGACAGCAAGGUUAUCAUCCUCCAACCUCAAGUGCAGUCUCAGCCUGAGAGUUCAGCGGACCCACGGCCACCCUCAGAGGAGCCAUCUCAGGGAGCUCAGGCCACCAAAAAGAAGAAGGAAGACCGGCCCGCCAGCCAGGAGAACCCGGAGAAAAUCGCCUUCAUGGUGGGGCUAGGCCUGGUCACCACGGAGCACCUGGAAGAAAUCCAGAGCAAGCGCCAGGAGCGCAAGAGGAGGAGCACAGCCAACCCCGCCUACAGCGGCCUCCUGGAGACGGAGAGGAAGCGGCUGGCCUCUGGCUAUCUCAACAACCCUCUGUUCCUCACAGCCCGAGCCAAUGAGGACCCCUGCUGGAAGACUGAGAGCACUCAUGAGGAGCACUGUGCUGCCUGCAAGCGAGGAGCCAACCUUCAGCCUUGUGGCACCUGCUCAGGGGCCUACCACCUCAGCUGCCUGGACCCGCCCCUCCAGACGGCGCCCAAGGGCGUGUGGCUCUGCCCCAAGUGCCAGCAGAAGGCCUUAAAGAGGGACGAGGGCGUGCCCUGGACCGGGAUGCUGGCCAUCGUGCACUCCUACGUCACCCACAAGACAGUCAAAGAGGAGGAGAAGCAGAAGCUGCUGCAGCGAGGCAGCGAGCUGCACAGUGAGCACCAGCAGCUGGAGGAGCGCGACCGGCAGCUGGCCUCGGCAGUGAAGGUGCGCGGACGCGCUCGGAGCCCCGCUGUGCGCGCCCUGGCGGAGGCCAGAGCCAGCCCCACUGCGCAUGCCCCGGCAGUGAUAGAGGUAGUGGUGAUGAUUGUGGUGGUGAUGAUAGUGGUGGUGGUGGUAAUGAAGGUGGUGGUGGAGAUCGUGAGGAUGGCGGUGCUGUGA